AUGGUUAUCCUCGCAGCUUCAGUCUCCACCCGAGGCGGAAAGCCCGUGAUCAGCCGUCAGUUCCGAGACAUGCCACGAUCCAGAAUCGAAGGUCUCCUCGCCUCUUUCCCCAAGCUCAUCUCUGCCGGCUCACAGCACACCUCGGUCGAGACAGACGCCGUCCGCUUCGUCUACCAACCGCUUGAAGAUCUCUACAUGAUCCUCAUCACAAACAAAAACUCCAAUAUCUUGCAAGAUAUCGACACUCUUCAUCUCUUCGCCCGCGUCACUUCCGACAUCUGCAGGUCCCUCGACGAGACCUCCGUCCUUCGAUACAGUUUCGAGCUGCUUGGCGCAUUCGACGAGAUCGUCUCUUUGGGCUACAGGGAGAACGUCAACCUCACACAGGUCAGGUCCAUCCUCGAGAUGGAGUCGCACGAGGAAAAGAUCCAGGAAAUCAUCGAGAGGAACAAGGAGAUGGAGGCAAAGGAGGAGCUCAAGCGUCGAGCCAAGCAGCUCGAGAUGCAACGCAGAGAUGCCGCUCGUCGUGGUCAAAUGGGCGGCAACUCGGGUGGUUUUGGGUCUUCAGGCGGAUACAGUGCCGUUCAGCAACGCUUCGAGCCACCACCUACACAGGCUCCCGUUCAGACUGGCUUCUCUUCCACCUCCACACCUGCCGCCAAGCCAUUCAAGGGUAAAGGUAUGCAGCUUGGAAAAAAGUCCAAGGGUGCUGACCUUCUUGGUGCUAUGGGCGGCGAUCUGGCUGCUGCUGCUGCCGCUGCGGAUGAAGAGCUCACCGCCGCUGCUAACGCCGCUUCUGCCUCUCUUACUGCUGCUUCUUCCGGCGCUCCUGCUGCGCGUACCGCACCGGCAGCGACACCAGCCGCUAUCGACCCACUCGACCUGCUCGACCCCGUCCACCAGGAACCAGUGCACGUCGUCAUCAAAGAGCGCAUCUCCAUCUCGGGCAACCGCGAUGGUGGCCUUGACUCGCUCGAAAUCAAGGGGGAUCUGUUGCUCAAGAUCACCGAUCCCAGCCUCGCCAAGGUUCGCGUUCAACUCGCACCGCCAGAAGAAGGCAACCUCGUGCUUUCAGCUGGUGAUCUCCAGUUCAAGACCAAUCCACAGGUCGACAAAGCAGCUUGGACAUCCGAUCGCAUCAUCGCACCGCGUGACGCCAGGAAGCCCUUCCCAGUCAACCAAUCGCUCGGCGUUUUGCGAUGGCGUAUGGUGACCAAGGACGAAACUGCACUUCCGCUGUCCAUCAACUGCUGGCCUUCACCGAACGGUCAAGGUGGUUGCGAUGUCAGUAUCGAGUACGAGCUUGAGAAUGAAAAUUUGGGCGAGCUGCGAAGUGUCAUUAUUGCCAUUCCAUUGCCGGAAGGGUCGGUGCCAUCGGUUGAGUGCCCUGAUGGAUCGUGGACGGUCAACGAGGAGACGAACAACCUCGAGUGGAGCUUGGAAAGCAUUUCGAGCGCCAACAAGUCCGGAAGUCUCGAGUUUUCUGUUACGGAAGGAGCCGAGAACGUCGACGUCUUCUUCCCUGUUGUGGUCGACUUUGUUUGCGAAAAGACGCUCUCCAACGUCAGUGUCGCAGAUGUUGUGCUUACGGAUACAAGCGCGUCGACUGCUUUUUCACAGCAGUCCGUGCUUAGUGCCGAGACCUAUGUUAUCAACUAG